AUGAUAACCCGGCAGAACGGAAGAGAUCAAUCAGCGGUGAUUGCUGAUCUUGGAAAGUUGAUCGUUGACAGUUGUCCACCAAUGCUUUGCACAGGUUUAGACUGUGCUGUGGUCACCGAACGUAACGGUUGUCAGCUAUGUGCUUGUCCAAUUGGAUCGCCGGCACGAGGAUGUGAUCCAAUGCCAUUCAUACUUUGGCAUGACCUCAUAGUCAGCGGAUGUCCUAACGUUACGCUCAGUACGCGUACACCAGCACAGAAAGUUCAUCGUUGGUUCCGACGAGUUAACCGUUUCACAAACACUGAUCAGUGUGAACCGUACGUAUUUCCAUACUGUCCCGAGCUGGACUUUAACUUAUGGCGUUCACCACGUACCAAACAAGAAUGUGAACUCUACUGCUACUCACUUUCUGAACAGCGAAAACGUGGCAUCAUAUAA